CCACAACCACCGUUACCAUCUCUACAGCCAGCAACACCGUCGACAAUAACAACACUCUACCAUUACCGCCGCACUAAUACCUCAUCUACGAAAACCACCAUCACUACUAACGCUCCCAACUCACUCACUCACUCACUCACUCACUCACUCACUCGCUCACAAAAUCCCCCAAAACAUCCAAAGACAUUUCGCCUUCCUUUCGGUGCUUACAAAAUAAAACUCAUGUAUAUAGUAUAGACAAUACAGGGACAGAGAUAACGGGUGAGAGGGAGAGAGAAAGAGAAAGAAGAGAGUUAAAUUCAGUUCAGUCAUAACCCUUCGUUUCUUCUUCCUUAAAAGAAAAUUUCGCCACAGGGGCAAGAAAAAGACAAAUAUUUCAAUGCGAGUCGGUGCAUGUAAAUAAGUUGGUGAAUUAAGCAAAAAUUGCCUUCAAGUCAGUUGUUCUUACACGAUGUCGUGGCACAGUGUGGAAUAUCUUUUGGUUUUUAUUGUAUUUACCAGCUUUGGACUAAUACGUGAUGCUCAUGGACAUUUUUGCCCAAAGGACUGGAUCUACAGACCAGAUAGCAACUCCUGUUAUUUGAUUACUACUAUGGUACGUCGUCCAUGGCUGGAAGCACAGCUGGCAUGUGAAGCAAACGAAGGAUAUUUACUAAAGAUUGAUGAUGAAGAUGAACGAAACUGGAUUUUAACACAGAUUGGCAAAGUUCAGUCAACCGAUACUCUACGAACGAGUGAGUGGUGGCUUGGUCUAAAUGACCGCAAGAAGGAACUGAAAUGGGUAUGGACAGAUGGUUCUGCUAUUGCUGAAAAAGCAAUAGUGUGGAACGACCAUGAACCCAAUAACUGGGGUGGAGCUGAAUGGUGUGCUGAAAUCUGGGGGCACGGCCUCAAUGAUAAAUCUUGCUCUAUAGUUCAAGCCUAUAUCUGCGAGAGACCAAAAAAUUAUCCUUUCAAAUGCGACAACGAUCGGGGCUGGGAGUAUUACAACGGUACAUGUUAUAAGUAUUUCUCAGAAGCAAUGAGCUGGCAUAAUGCCCAAUUUACUUGUGAAAUGGAAGACAGUGAACUGAUAGCAAUUGAAGAUCGCACGGAGCAGUUUUACGUCAAUGACCAAGCUAUGAAGUAUCUCAAGUCAGUGUGGAUUGGACUUCGCUAUAUAGAAGACGAAGACAAAAGUGCCUACGAAUGGCAGUGGAUUAACGGUAAACCAGUGUCUAUAAAUUUUUGGAAUGAAGGUCGGUUUCCAUUCAUUAAAGAACAACUGAAGAACAACACCUGUGCCUUUGCCGACCCAUAUAUUAAGACUGUCAACAUAUGGUUGUCAGGAGAGUGUCACUUACUGAAGCCAUUCCUGUGCCAGAAGAAAACGGGAACCUGUGUUGACGGCUGGGAGCAACACCAAGACAGCUGCUACCAAUUUAGUUUCUUAUAUCGUCUGACUUACUCGAAAGCAAAAGACUACUGUGAAGCUCAAAACGGUUAUUUGACAGAUAUUAACAGUGCACGUGACCAGGAUUUUAUCAACAAUAAACUAAAAGAAUUAUCCGAUGCUGGUAUUGAACGCUUCUGGAUCGGUUUAACAGUUGAUAUGGAGGGAAGACCACAAUGGGAUACUGGUGAGAACGUAACUUUUACCAAUUGGCCCUUAAGUGGUAAACCAAGAAAAUCACAUAAUGCACGAUGUGCUCAUAUUCAAACAAAUGAUGUUGAAGGCAAAUGGGUACUAGAUUUCGCUUGCUCUCAGACAAGGGCUUUUGUUUGUAAAAUUGCGAUAGGUGUCAAAGUGAAAGACGUCGCGAGACCCGUGGAACAUUACAGCUGCGCACCAGGAUGGUUUGCCAUGUCUAAAUACUGUUACAAAUUCUUUUCGGCAUCUUUAACUUGGCUUGCAGCUAAGAUUGCUUGUAAAAAGCACAAUGCUCACUUGAUCAAAGUUUCGAGUAGUACAGCAAUGUCAGUUUUAAGAAUUCCAACGAUGAUUCGUAGAAAGUAUGUAUGGAUUGGAUUAAAUGAUCGAGCUGAAGAAGGUAAAAUGGUCUGGGAGAACGAUGGAACUGUGCUUGACUCACAUUUUGCCCAUUGGUAUCCAGGAGAACCAGACAAUGUGGAAUCUCAUGAAAAUUGUGUAGCUAGUUCUCUCAUACCUACAGCUGGUUAUUGGUCAGAUUUCGAUUGUCAAAGGAGCUUUCCAUUUGUGUGUCAAAGGUUGGCUGAUAACAUGCCUGAUGCAAUGAACACAACAUUAAAACCUCCUGUUAAUCCAGCCUGUGGUGCUGAAUGGGAGAGUGACCCCACUGGUAAAACUUGCUUCCAUUUCUCUGAUGAACAAUUGACUUGGUUUGAUGCCCAACUCUCAUGUAGCUAUCAUGGUGGAUAUUUGGCAAGCAUCACUGGUCUACAUGAACAAUUCUAUAUUGCAGGUCGAAUCAAAAGCAUGCAAUCAGUGACUCUCUGGAUUGGGGCUCAUGAUCUUAGGGAAGAAGGAUUGUGGCUUUGGAGUGAUAAAAGUCCAAUGAAUUAUUUCAAUUGGAAAACAGGUCACCCUGAUUAUGAUCGAGUAAAAAACAAUUGUGCCAUGGUUGGUCGUAAUGAUUCUCUAUGGGUUGAUAACAUUUGUUACCUUCGCAGUGGAUAUAUUUGUAAGAAAGCAGCAUUGCCGGAACCAACUACUACUGUAACACCAUCAACACCACCCCCAGAUGACUCAGAAUUCAGCUGUCCAAAUACCUGGGAAUUUUAUGAUGGUGCCUGCUACAAAGUUGUCACAGAACUUUACAAUUGGGAACAUUCCUUGAAGAACUGUCAUCUCCAGGGUGGUGAUUUGGUGUCUAUCAAUAGUAGAAGUGAACAGAGCUUCAUCCAUAAACUGGUAACUAAAGCAAAGCCUAGCAAAAUAUUUUGGAUUGGAUUGACUGAUGCCCACCAUGAAGGUAUUUAUACUUGGAGUAAUGGUGCCAAAGUGAUGUAUACCAACUGGAAUACUUGGGAACCAAACAAUUUUGUUACUGAAAACUGUGUUUUAUAUUCAUCCAGUGAAAAAAGAUGGAGUGACUACAAAUGUAACAGUAAAGAAGGGUCAAUAUGUAAGAAAGCAGCUGAUCGUAUCACAACAGAGAGCUGUAUGAGCAACAUCCAAUCAGAUUCCCUAUGCUUCUUGCACGUCAUGAUUCUGAAGAACUGGCACGAUGCAUGGACCUACUGUCGGAGUAAAUUUAAUGGAGAUUUAGCCACCAUUGACAAUUAUAAAAAGCAGCAGAGUGCUAAUCAAGGAAUUCUGUCUCAUGGUCCACCUUACUGGAUAUCCCCAGAAUCUAGUAAAGGACCAUUUCAGAACUGGAAGGAUAACGAAAAAGAUGAUUUAACUAAUUCAAUGUGCCUUGCUAUUGAAAGUGGUUCAAUGAAAAAGUGGAUAAGAAUUUCCUGCCUACAUGAUGCCUAUUUCAUUUGUACCAGAAGCUUAGAUGCAACAAAAAAUACAACCUUAUCUCCACCAGUUACAAGCUCAGGUCAUUCAGCAACAACAAUAGCAACCACACCUGCAAUACCAACUGUUGAAACAAACGUUACUUUUUCAUGCCCAGAAGAUUGGAAAUUUUUCCGUAAUUCCUGCUACAAGGAAUUUUACACCGGCCUACAUGGAUUAAAAUGGAUUGAUGCAUUGCUUUCGUGUAAAGAGCAUUCAGCCCUUCUGGUUAGCCUUGAAUCAGAUGAAGAAUUGAUGUUUCUUCGGACCAAUGUAAUGAAAAAAAACAACAACCCUUAUUGGCUUGGUGGUCGCUUUACUGAAUCAGGUAAUAUUACAUGGCUGGAUUCUAAAUAUGCAGUUAAUGUAGACAUUGGCCGGAUUCCAUUUUCUUUCCAGUCUAUAUGUCCAGUCAUCUCUAAAUGGCAACCUAACAUAUUUUCUCUACGCUGUGACCAGGCAGCAGAUUGGAUUUGCAAAAUGACACCUCGUUUCCCUAAAGAAGAGGUGAAUAAAGAAAAUUUGGAUACAUAUUGUAAAACAGGAAGUUUACUACAGGGACCUUAUUUUAAUGGAUCAUGUUAUGUCAGUGCAUUUGAAUUUAAGAAAGUCACAUGGCACAAGAGUAAGACUGUUUGUGAGCUAUAUAAUAAAAGAAUUGCAUCAAUCCACAGCCAAGAUGAGAAUGAUUUUCUAACAAUGGCUUUUUCUGCUCGAAGAUUUUUAUGGAUCGGAAUCCAUACAUAUUCAGUGGUACAUGAUAAUAAAUGGGCUGAUGGUACUGAAAUAGAUUACACAAACUGGGAUGAAGGAGAACCAAGUGACAUCUAUAAGAACCCAUGUACUGUUUUGGAUACGUUGUCAGGAAAAUGGCGCACUCUCAACUGUUACGCUUUAUUUCCUGUUCUUUGCAAAGGACAAGACAGCUAUGAAAUUUCAGAUAAACAUCAUGAAACCGUUCUAACUGGAGGUUGUUUACCAGGAUUCUCAUUAUUCGGUAACAAAUGUUUCAAGAUUGAAGGUACAGGCUAUCGUGAACAACUUAGUUGGCGAGCAGCACAAGAAAAAUGUCGCAGUUAUGGUAAACUAUAUGGGCUUGCAAGUAUACAGACAAAAUUCGAGCAAGCUUUCCUCACCUUGAUGAUGAAAUCUCUGAACAUUUCGUUAUGGAUUGGUAUGCGUAAAGGUCUUGACUAUUUGACAUGGGUGGACAAUUCCCCUCUCUCCUUUUUCCACUUCAGUAGACUUGCAGUUGAGGAAUUACUUCGAUACGGUGGUACAAGCUGCAUUGCUACUCACACAGAACCAUAUUCUGCUGGUCUAUGGUUUGGUUCAAACUGUUAUGAAUUAGCUGGUUAUAUCUGUCAAGGUUAUCGAGAUGUCAAUUUGCCACUAGUAAAGAAAACAGAAGUUGUAUCAAAAUUAGGAUACAAAAAAUAUGGAAAUGCUGAGUAUAAAGUUGUAAAAAUGAACAAAACCUGGACUGAAGCUGAAGCUUUUUGCCAGAAAGAUGGAGGAGCGCAUGUGGCAUCAAUGUCUGAUGCCUUUGAAAAUGCAGCUCUGAGACUGAUGGGUAAAGAUAUCCAAGAGGAAUUUUGGAUUGGAGCUCGGAAACGUGGUAAACAAAUGGUUUGGUCAGAUUCCUGGCCAAUGCGAUACACACGAUGGCCAGUGAUAAUGACAGAUGAAGAUGAAUGUGGUUUAUAUCAAGCUCAAGAUGUGUGGAACAUGGUUGACUGCAAUAAAGAAUACCCUUUUAUAUGCAAAAUUACAAGUGAGAAGCCACCAAAGGUUGCAGGAACUCCAACUCAGACAGGAAAAUGUCCUGAGGAUUGGAUCCAUAUCAAGGACAAAUGUUACCUUGUUAAGAACACUUUGCGAUCAUGGCCUGAUGCUAAUUAUGUUUGCGCACAAAUUGGAGCUACUCUUACAAGUCUUCAUUCAGCAGAUGAUAUUAUGUCAGUCAAGGAUACUAGAAUAUCAUUAGCCCUUCUCCCUUCAAGUAGCAUUUGGAUUGGGCUGUCUCUGAAAUCAGGAAUUCUGCACUGGUCUGAUGACAGUAAUGUUGAUUUCUUGAAUUUUAUGCAUGGUGAGACAUCUGAUGAGGAUCACGCCAGUUAUUUCAAUGAACAUAAUAUCAGUCUCAACUGUUUUGUGAUGGACUUUCAAACUGCACUCUGGAGAAGGCUUUCUUGUUUUGAGAAGUAUUCUUUCUUAUGUAUGACAGAUCAAUUGUUACCUACAACAACUAAUAGCUCAGGUAUAUGUCUUAACUGCACAACAGGGACACCUGCAGCAGUGAAGCCUGCAGUGACCACAGUAGAAAUAGUUGCCAUAUGUCUAGUCGUUCCUGUACUGCUGUUGGUGUUAGCUUUGAUUCCAUAUUACAUCAUCAAACGGAAAACUGAAGCAGCAUCACCCGAGACUGAGAGCUUUCUUAACAGUUUGUAUGAAUCACCAAACUUUAUGGUAAUGAAUCCCAGCUGAAUGAAGUUGUGGGACAUAGAAUUGGUUGAGGUGGUGUACAGUUUAAAUUCUUUCUAUGUAAAUAUAUAUUAUAUAAUAUAUAUAUAUGCACAAUGUAUUGUAUGAUAUAUAUUAUAUAACAUAAUAGAUAUACGUACAUAUAUAUAUAAUAUAUAUUAUAUAGAAUAUAUUAUGCAUACAUACGUACAUACAUACAUACAUACAUAUAUAUAUAUAUAUAUAUAUACACACAUGCACAUAAGCACACAUACACAUAUUUAAGUAUGUGUGAGUGGAUAUAAAAUGUAUAUACAUGUACAUUUAAAUGUUAUUUAAUACAUAUGUACAUUUCAUAUAUACAUGUUUCAUGUAUAUGAUUUUCAUAUUCACACAUACACACACAUACAUAACACAUACACGCAAAUGAACUUGAAUACAAGAAAAAUAUAACUUCAUAUGACAUUGAAAAUGAUGACAAUAAAGACAGACAAUGACGAUGAUGAAAUCAAUAACAACAGUGAUGAUGAUUACGAUGAUGACAGACAAAAAUGAUGACAACAAUGCUGGUAAUGAUUACUGGUACUGGUGAUAAUGAUGAGAAUAGGGAUGAGGGGGAGUCUGAUAUCAAAACACAAUAAUUAUAACAACUGUCAGUAAUAUACACUGAUGAACUACAAUGCUGUUGACAGCAAAACUUUGGAUAAUGAUGAUGAUGAAGAAAAUUCUAGCGAUGAUGUAGUAGAAGAAAUGAAUAAAAGAAAUAACAUACAGAAGAAUA